CAAUGAAUCAUGGAACACUACAUCAAAAACUAAUGAUGUAAUGUAUGGUGAUUAACAUAACAUAAUAAAAUAAAAUAAAAAAAAAUGGAGUCCCCAGCAAUCUCUAACUCCGUGUUUGUGGCAACUUUAUGUAAUGCAACUACCACGAAUAAUGAGAAAUGACUGUAGCUAUUUAUUGAGAGCCUCCUAUAGGCCAAAUAAUGUGCUAGAACCUCAUUUAAAGUAACUCUAGUUCUCAACAAUUCCAAAAACAAAGUGUCAUCUCUAAUUUAUAGAUGGUAAAACUCAUGCCUAAUUAAUUUGGCAAUGUCAUUAAGCUAGAGGGAGGUAAGCCAAGGCUGGAUAGCAUAUGGCUCUGCUUUUCUCUUUCCUUUUUGCUCAGUUCAUUUGUGAACAAAUCCCAGGAUGCCAUCUUGUGCAAUUCAGCCAUAUCCAUGUCCCUGACUCCCACUGGAUUUCUUUUCCAUUGAAUUGAACACAAUACUCCACCAAAGCUUCUCUCUGCUCUACAGUCACACAAAUAGAAACCUCCCUAUUGAUUCUGGGAUAAUUUUUUUUUUUUUUUGACAGAGACGCAGCAAGAGAGGGAACACAAGCAGGGGGAGUGGGAGAGGGAGAAGGAGGCCUCCUGCAGAGCAAGGAGCCCGAUGCAGGGCUCGAUCCCAGGACCCUAGGAUCAUGACCUGAACUGAAGGCAGAUGCUUAAUGACUGAGCCACCCAGGCGCCCCUGGGAUAAUUUUUUUUUUUGAGCCAAAGUGUUUUAUUAAAAAUGUUCCUGAGUGAGUUUCCCACCAUGUUUCCUUGCCAGCCAUCUUGUGAGUUUCCAGGUGGCUGGCUUGUGAGAAUGGAUGUUACUGUGUCUCCCUGCUCCACAGUGCUGGGCGCUACCGCCAUGACACUGCCUGUCAUUCAGCUCUGCUGGGGUUCCCUGGGGGCCUUCCUUCUUUUCCUUCAGCUACCAUCCACUGUCCUGGCCCCUUGCUUGUGGCCUAUGAUUUCCCUCCAACUGUCACUCCAGGAGAGCAGCCGUCUCCUUGUGGGGGGCAGGGCCAGAUGCUGGUUGUGGCAGCAGGUGAACAAGAUGUGCUCCCAGCUUGGGGUCUCCUCUUGGCUUCGAAUGGUGUCCUUGUUAUCAAUGAGCAGGUCCCCCAAGACCACCAUCUUGUCCCUCCUCAGGAUAUUGCACUCCACAAACUGAGGCCCCAGUGGAUUCUUCCCCCAGCGGUACUUCUUACCCACACGGUAUUCAUACUUCAUCAGAGGGCUGGUACAGAUGAAGACCUCAGUGUUCUGCAUGUUGUUCAUCUCCUGUAUGGCUUCCAAGGCUCCAGGGAUAAGCUCUAAGGCUAGGAAAAAGCCUUCGGCUUCAUACACACCGGCCACUUUGUCUGCUGCGUCCCGCCACGGGUCUCAGUACUGCUCUCAGUCAAGGAAAUCCAAGUUGUUAUUUCCAGUGCCACAUGUGGCUGGGAGGCCAGGGAGGCUGGGAUGGGGGGCUGGGAUAAUUGUAUAGAGAGCCACAUGUUUGAUGCUCCAGCCACAUCCUCCUCUUUUGUCCACAUUUUGCUUCUGGCAGCUACUGGGGUUUAAAUUUCCAGGCAGAGCAAAACUAUCCUUUAGUAGGAAAAAAGGCAAAGAAUGGAGAUGGUGUGGACUUAGAGAAGCAAGAGCAAAACAGAUAAGGGUGGAGAGACAACAGGCAGCAUUACCUUUUCAGAAAAUGCUGUGGGAGCAAAGGGAUAGACCAAAGAUGGGAACCCAGAGGAGUAGACCCUGAGAUGCACAGGUAAUUCUUUAUAUUUUUAAAUCAUUUUCAUGUCUAUGAUCUCAUUUUGCAUAUCACAGCCACUCUGUGUAUGCAGAGGACACAUUUUUUUCUACUUUACUGAUGAGAAAACUGAGGCAUGAAAAGCUGUAGCAAUUUACUCUAGGUCACAAAAUUCUAUUUUAUUCCAUGUUCAGGAUAGAUUAUUUAUAUCACACAGCAAAUUCAGAAAUUGCUUUCCGGGUAUUUUAAAUUUUAAACCAGUGUCACGAAUAGACUAUUAGGAAGGAAAGAUAUUUUCCUUUAUUUUAUACUUGAACCAUAUGGCUAUUUUAAUAUUUUUUUACUUAACCACAAUUUCUCUAAAUUUCAUUGUUCAUGUUGAAGCAUUUGACUAAAAUAUAGCAAAACUACUGUGCCUUUCAAGGGGGUCAAAAUGUUUUCUGUGGAUGGAAACGUGUCAUGUGAAUAAAGAUGAAAGCAGCUUUGUUGUACUCCUCUUCUGGGAAUCUUUUUAGGGAUAUUACUAAAGUCAAGAAUAGAUCAGAAAUGAAGAAAAGAUGGGAAUAAAAGAAUAGCUUUCAUGGAAAAUUGAAAUCAUUCCUUUUAAAGUUCACAAUUUCCACCCUGAUGAUAGAUCCCCAGCCUUGCAGGAUGGGUUCUUCCUAGAUAGAAAGGUGACAGCUACGAGAGGAUUUUGAUGCAACUGUGAUUGAUGUCAGCAGGUCCAGACAGUGAUACUUUAUUACGAAUUUAAUGGACAUUUAUUAAGCUGAUUCAAUGGGAGCAGCCCUGGGCUAGAUGGGGCUAGGACAUACAAAAGGAAGAUGCAAUCUAUGAAGGUUUCGGGGGCCAGUUAGGGAUGGAAAUUCCACUGAUUUGAGUUGUUGCACCCUCAUUCCAUGCCAGGUGCUCUCAACAUCAUCAUUUUGUGUCUGCCUCCCACAAUCCCUGACUGAACAGCAUGAUUCUCCCUAAACCAAGGUGAGGGUACGUGGAGAGAUUUGGUGACUUCCCCAGGGACGAGGCGGCUGCCCCAGGCCUUUUGUAUCCAACUAAAAAGCUCUUGUCUCUCAGCCAGACAGGAAAUAGCUAGAGAAAAACAGAGUCACAGCCUAAAGUUGGGACACGUGUCUAAGAUGCAGAGUUUUGCUUUCAGCCAUGAUGCAAGAAUUCAGAACAAGAGCCAGACCCUUGUGGGCCAGUGUUCUCACCUACGCUUCAUAGAGAAGACAAAACAUGAGCAUUUCAGUGCUUCUUUAAUAAGUGAAGUGGUUGUGGAAAUAUUUGCAAGGAGGAAACACCUUUUUAGUAGAGAAGUUUCCUUGGCUAGUUAACAGAACCUUUUCUUUCUUGGGUUAAAUGUAGUCACUUCUCUUAUAUCCUGAAGCGUCUGGCUCCCCCAGUACAGACAUGUGAGCACUGCCACGGGCCUGGAAUGUCUCAAGAGGGUAAGAAUAGCCCGCAAUGAGAGAUGACUCCUGCUGUCUUCUGGUCACUGCAGUUGUCAAGAACGCUUUGCCUCAGAGGCCAACAGCUCAGGGCCGUCUCUGCUCGGAGACAGAAAAACUGACCUCCCAUUCCUGGGCUCACAGAUUUCCCUUUAUAUGUGCAGCUCUCACCUUUACGUCUUUUGUAGCGAAGAUACGUUUAUUCCUGCAAAGAUUUUCCACCUUCUUGGAGAACACAGGCUUCCGAUGUCUCCAGCAGCCUUGAGUCUGUGACACUCGGGAGACAUGGAACGUUUGGACCUGCUGGGAUUCCUUCUCAUCACUGUCAACUGCAACAUGACCAUUGUGGGGAAGAUCUGGCUUAUCUUCAUGAUACUGCUGAGGAUGGUGGUGAUCAUCUUGGCAGGCUCCCCCGUCUACCAGGACGAGCAGGAGAGGUUUGUGUGUAACACUCUGCAGCCAGGAUGCGCCAAUGUCUGCUACGACAUCUUCUCCCCGGUGUCCCACCUGCGGUUCUGGCUGAUCCAGAGCGUGUCUGUUCUCCUCCCUUCUGCCGUUUUCAGCGUCUACGUGCUCCACAGAGGGGCCGUGCUCGCCGCCCGUGGACUCUCCGGGCCAGACGGCGGUCCCACCCGUCCUGACCCCUGUGACCAGAGCCCUGGGGACAGGCGCCGCCCUCCGCCCUGCAGGGAGCCGCGCCACCUGACCGUGCCGGACUUUUCCUCGGGCUACAUCGUCCACCUCCUUCUUCGGAUGCUGACCGAGGCAGCUUUUGGUGCCUCGCAUUACCUCCUCUUUGGAUUCUUGGUCCCCAAGAGAUUCUCUUGCACCCAAUCUCCCUGCACCAGCGUGGUGGACUGUUACGUCUCCCGGCCCACGGAGAAGUCCAUUAUGAUGCUUUUCAUGUGGGCGGUCAGUGCGCUCUCCCUGCUGCUCAGUGUGGCUGACCUCAUCUGCAGCGUGCAGGGGAGGACGAGCGGGGGCUGGGGCCCCGCCGAGGAUCCCCCGGGCCCCGCCGCCGGCCGCCGGCUCUCCCGGAGCCUGGGCGCUAGGCCGGGUCAGAUGGCCCGCGACGGUGGGGGGGGUGGGGGAGGGGGCGCCCAUCCACCCCGGCCUGUGGAAUGGAGGGGUGGGUGCCGACAGCCCCAGCGUAAGUCCGCUGUAUCAGGGCGGAUGGGGCUUCCCGAUGAAGAUGAGAGCGAGGUGAUGUCCUCUGCCAGCGAGAAGCUGGCCACGACUUGCAAGGAGCCUGGGAGUAGGCCGCGCGGAGAGGCCUCCCAGGACCCCAGGGGCGAGGGUCCCACAAGAUCAGAGGAGCAUCCCUCAUCGCCUCGGAGCCGGCUGGGCCGGCGCUAUCCAUCCUGUCAGCGACAGCCCCUCGACGGGCUCGCCAACUCCAGAUCCAGAAAGUCUGAGUGGGUCUGAAGAGGGAAUGCCGGGCAGCCCCCGGGCGCACCGUCCUCUCCAAAUGGAGACGUGGCCCACGAAGACGCAGACUCACUUUGGCCCGUGUGAAAGUUUACCCACUAGGUUCCCGGAGAACAUCAACAGGCAGAAAGGCGAGCUGCCAUGGGACACAUGGACUUCGUGGAAGACUAAUUAUCCUCGAGAUACAGAUUUAAUUUAGAUAAUUUCUCUUGACAAAAGCACUUGACAUUGUGCUUUUGACAAUGUGACUGGAAGCUAAAAUGAUUAAUUGGAGAGUGUCAGGUGACAGAUGAUGCUACACUCUGUUUUUUUGGUUUGUUUGUUUGUUUGUUUGUUUGUUUUUACCGUAGUAUGUGCUUAAUUAAAGCAUAUUGUCUUACGUUAAUAGAGCUCAUUCAUGUUAUAAUGUUUUCUGGUGAGUUAUUUGAAGUUUUUGGGUGGUUUUUUUUUUUUUUUUGGUUUU